UGCUGCACUACCCUGUGCAGCUCUCUCCCUCUCCACCCUCACAGCUGUACACCCACUGACACGCCUACCGACACCUGUACACCCACUGACACGCCUGUACACUGACACAUACACCUGCACCCGUCUCUAUCUGCGCACCUACACGCCUAUAUACCUACACCAAUACACCUACACGCAUCUUGCACCUACACAGCCUCUGCACAUUCACGCACCCCUGCACUUACCUGCACUCCUACAUAUCUACACCACUGUAGACUUCUAUACCUGCACACCUGUACAUCGAAAUAACUGCACACCUGCACACAUAUAUAUGCACACCUGACCAUUUGCGCAUGCACGUCCAGCUCUGCACGGAGCUCUCCUGCACACCUGCGUCUCCACCGACACGUGGCCCAGGGACAUGUUGUGGGGGGCCCUUCUUCUCACCGCCCUCAUCGGGGCCUCACUCGGGCCUUCACUCGGCACCCCUCAGCCUGGGGACACCAUAGCUGAGAUCCCUCAGCCCAGAGAUCCCCUCGCUGAGAGUCCUGAGCCCAGGGACCUCUCAGGGGAUACCCUGCCUAGGCUGAGGAGAGUUGCCGCCCCCAGGACCCCUAGGGCCCCCUCUGGGGGGUCCUUCAGGGCAGUGAAAGGAGACGCAUGCCGCUGGGCCACGAAAGGUUCCCCGAAGUCGCGGAUAUCCCUGUCCGUGACGUGCGAUGCUCCCGAUGGCGGUGGGGUUGAGUGCCAGUACCAGGGAAAGCCCGCGGCCUGCAAAGCCUUCGCCAAGCGAGAGGCCAAGUACUGGACCCAGGCCCUGAAGGCCCUGAAGAGCAAGAAGGAGCCGUGUGGAGGUCACGCCACCAUCAAGCCGCACGUGUGCAGGGACGGGCCCAGGGAGGCCUUCCUCACCAAAGACAGGACCAAGGUAACGAAGUCUCCUUCAAAAUUCAAAUCAAAGCUGAAUCCACCGAAGAAAACUCCAAAAGCUGAAAAGACGAAAAGUAAAGCGCCCAGCGAGCAGUACUGCAGCGAGACGUGGAACGCGUUCUGCUCCUUCUUCGUCAACCUCUACCACGGAUGAGGCGGGGAAGGGGACGUGGAGGGCACGGGGGAGCUCCUCUUGCUGCCUGGGAUGCUCAUGCUUGACCACUUACGUGUGUGAGUGUGUAAGUUACGUGUGUGUGUUACGUGUGUGUUACGUGUGUGUGUGAGUGUGUGUUACGUGUGUGUGUGUGUUACGUGUAUGUUACGUGUGUGUGUGUUAUGUGUAU